UUCAUUCUCAACCCACAAUUCUCUCUCUCUCUCUCUCUCUCUCUCUCUCUCUCCAUUGACAUCAAACAUAUUAUCGCAAAUUCAAAGAAUCAGCCUCCUAAUUCUGCGAAUUCCUUGGACAAUCUUCAUAUGUCGGUCCUCAUGGACACUACAGAGUCUAGGAUUGGAGGAGAUGCCCCGCCAAGCAAUACUCCAAAUUGGACAAUUAAUGUUUCAGAUAUAAGAACAGUUAAAGUUAGUAAUAUCUCUCUAGCGGCCUCUGAGAAGGAUAUUAGGGAAUUUUUCUCUUUUUCUGGUGAAAUCCGAUAUGUUGAAAUACAAAGGGAAACUGAAACAUCUCAGCUUGCAUACGUCACCUUCAAGGAUUCGCAGGGAGCAGAUACAGCUAUCCUUUUGGCAGGAUCGACAAUAGCUGAUCUUUCAGUCUCUAUAACACCCAUUGAGAAUUACCAGCUGCCUCCUGAUGCUCCUCCUUUGACCCCUAAGGAGACAAAGCCAACUGCCGCAGGUUCAGCUGUUAAAAAGGCAGAGGAUGUGGUGAGCACGGUCCUUGCCAAGGGCUUCGUUUUAGGAAAGGAUGCCCUCUACAAGACAAAAUCUUUUGACAAGCGACACCACUUGACAUCAAAUGCGUCAUCUACAGUUGCUUCCAUUGACCGCAAGAUGGGUCUUAGUCAGAAGUUAAGCAUAGGGACAGCCAUGGUACAUGAGAAGAUGAGAGAGAUGGAUGAGAGGUUCCAAGUAUCUGAAAAGACAAAAAAUGCCUUUGCCGCUGCCGAGCAGAAGGCUAGCAGUGCAGGAUCGGCUAUCAUGAGUAAUCGUUACGUAUCAACAGGAGCUUCAUGGGUUUCGAGCGCAUACAGUGCGGUCAUAAAGGCGGCCGAGGAUGUGAGUGCUAUGACUAAGGUGAAGGUUGAAAAGGUGGAGGAAAAGAAAGAGACUCUAUGCAAGGAGAGAGAGGCGGUGGUUAAUGACUAUGCUCGGGUUCACCUUGACAGGGCUUCGGUUGGCGAGCUUCCGGUGGUGGCUCCUAAAACAGUUGAUAACAAUAAGAUCACAAUAAUAUGAUGUAACAGUCCAUGAAUUUCAUUUUUCCUUUAGAAAAAACUCGGAUUCCUUUUCAUUUUGAUGUUUGAUUUUUGGGGAGCAAAAGGGUUUGAUUCACUUCCCUAUGCUCUUAACAUUAGGAUUUGUAUCUUUAUGUAUAGUCUUUUUGUUGUAUCAUUCAAGUCAUUGAGCACAUGACAAGAUUUCCCAACUGCCAUUCUUUUCCAGACAGACAUAUAUAUAUAUAUAUAUAUAUG